CCCUUUGACUUUCCGCCAGCGCCAGGUCACUCUAUCGUUGAGUACGUAUACGUUCGCAGCCAUCAACCUUCUCCUACGGCCAGAGACCAGGCUGGAUCACCUUGGUGCAGGGUAUGUACAAACAUUGCUGAAAGUGUAAGGACAAACUAAGCAAGCACUGAAACACUCCAAUGGAGAACAAUCUGUCUUUUGGAGAGGAUGGCAUGUCCUAUGAGGAGGAGAGUGCCUUCCCUUCUCCAAUCAGGUUGACCCCCCCGGGCCACAGUGGCAGCUAUGACCUGGAGCAGAGCAGACAGGAUGAGGGGAGCACCCAGGCUGUCCAGACCGUCCACAUUCAAGCCGACCCCGAGGCCUGUCUGAACAUAAAUACCAACGCCAACACCAGAGGAGACGCUCAGGCCUAUGUGGAACUGAAUGAGCUCAUUGGCAACAGCUGGGAGGAGACUGGCCGCUGGGUGGGCUAUGAGGAGAAUCUCAACCCAGCCACUGGUGUUUGGGGCCCCUCCCAUGUGCCCUACCUCACCUUCAAGAGUCUUAUCCAGGUCCGGAGGUUCAUAAGCACAGGUGCCAUCAUCCUGGACCUGCAGACCAGUAGUCUGUCUGGGGUAGCGGAGAAGAUAGUGGACGAAUUGCAGAGCAAGGGAGAGAUACGUCCCACUGACAGAGAAGGCCUGCUGAGGGCUUUACUGCAGAGACGCAGUCAGUCUGAUGGAGCUGUAUCUCCACCCACCGGAGUGGACAUCCAGAUGCAGACCUUCUCGGUUACGAAACAGAGAGAUACAACUGAUCGUGUGGAAGCCUCCAUUGUCCUCUCAGGGUUGGUGGAGUCCUUGGAUAAGCCGGUCGUGGCCUUCGUCAGGCUGGAGGACUCAGUGGUGAUGGAAGGGGCCCUAGAGGCCCCAGUGCCAGUGCGUUUUGUCUUUGUGUUGGUGGGCCCCAGCCAGGGAGGGCUGGACUACCAUGAGAGUGGCCGUGCGAUGGCUACCCUAAUGGCUGACUGGGUCUUUAGUCUGGAGGUUUUCCUGGCCAAAAAUGAUAAGGAGGUUACAGAUGCCAUCGCUGAUUUCAUGGACUGCAGCAUCGUCAUCCCGCCCACUGAGAUUCAGAACGAGAGCAUGCUCCAGCCAAUCAUUAACUUCCAGAAGAAGAUGCUAAAGGACAGGCUCCGCCCCACUGACACCCGAAUCAUGUUUGGUCACGCGGACAAAGCAGGUGUGGCUGAGGAGGAGCCCAGAGAAGACCCCCUGGCCCGAACAGGCUAUCCCUUCGGUGGGAUGAUUAAAGACAUUAAGCGUCGGUACCGCCAUUACCUCAGUGACUUCACAGACGCACUCAACCCCCAAGUCCUAGCCGCCGUCAUCUUCAUCUACUUCGCUGCCUUAUCCCCUGCCAUCACCUUCGGAGGCCUGCUAGCGGAUAAGACGGAUCAAAUGAUGGGGGUGUCUGAGCUGAUGAUAUCCACCUGCAUCCAGGGCAUCAUCUUUGCCUUCAUUGCAGCCCAGCCUACACUUGUGAUAGGCUUCUCUGGACCACUGCUGGUGUUUGAAGAGGCCUUCUAUGGGUUUUGCAAGAGCAAUGGGAUGGAGUACAUUGUGGGCCGUAUCUGGGUGGGCCUGUGGCUGGUGAUCAUUGUGAUACUCAUAGUGGCACUUGAGGGCAGCUUCUUGGUCAGAUUCAUCUCCCGCUUCACCCAAGAGAUUUUCUCCAUUCUCAUCUCCCUCAUCUUCAUCUACGAGACCUUCAGCAAGCUCAUCAAGAUUUUCAAAACUCACCCCCUGAUUCUGAACUAUGAGCACCUAAACGACACCCUGGAGAACCCUUUCCACCCGGUGAUCAAGGAGCACGUAGAGUUCCAUGAUGAUGGCAACACCACAAUGCAUGAGAUCAUCCAUGAAAGAGCCUACCCCAACACAGCCCUGCUUUCUAUGUGUCUUAUGUUCGGCUGUUUCUUCAUUGCAUACUUCCUCCGGCAGUUCAAAAACGGCCACUUCUUACCUGGACCGAUUCGUCGUAUAAUUGGGGAUUUUGGUGUACCCAUCGCCAUUUUCUUCAUGAUCGCUGUGGAUAUCACAAUUGAGGAUGCCUACACUCAGAAACUGGUUGUGCCCAAGGGUCUUGAAGUAACCAAGCCCAGCGCUAGAGGUUGGUUCAUCAACCCCAUGGGAGAGAAGAAGGCUUUCCCCAUCUGGAUGAUGGGGGCAUGUUGCGUACCAGCCUUGCUGGUCUUCAUCCUAAUUUUCCUUGAGUCCCAGAUUACUACACUGAUUGUGAGCAAACCAGAGAGGAAGAUGGUGAAAGGCUCUGGUUUCCAUCUGGACCUGCUCAUCUUGGUCACCAUGGGGGGACUGGCCUCCCUGUUUGGGGUACCAUGGCUGAGUGCCGCCACUGUGCGUUCUGUCACCCAUGCCAAUGCCCUUACUGUCAUGUCCAAGGGGCCCAAGCCUGAGAUCGAGAAGGUGCUGGAGCAAAGGGUCAGCGGUAUGCUGGUAUUCCUGCUUUUCCCAGGUGUUUCUAUUCUCUUGGAGCCCAUCCUGAAGAUGAUUCCGAUGACAGCUCUGUUUGGGAUCUUCCUCUACAUGGGUAUAACCUCACUGAGUGGAAUUCAGAUGUGGGAACGCAUACUCCUGCUUAUUGUACCCAGAAAAUAUUAUCCGCCAGAAGCCUAUGCUCAAAGGGUUAGUACUAUGAAGAUGCACUUGUACACAAUGAUCCAGGUGGGGUGUUUGGCAGUUCUCUGGAUAGUGAAGAUGAGCCCCUUCUCCCUGGCUCUGCCCUUUGUCCUCAUCCUCACCAUCCCCCUGCGCAUGGUCCUCACUGGAACACUCUUCACUAAAAUGGAAAUUAAAUGUCUGGAUGCUGCUGAUGCCAAGGUGACAUUUGAAGAAGAGCCAGGAGAAGACAUGUACAACGAGUCCCCACUGCCAUAAACACCUGGAGACAACCUUUCCACCACUCAACUCGCUGUGAGGAUCCAGUGAACCUAAACAAAUCUUUAACAGUGACGCAGUGUCCUAACACAUUUAUAACACAUUUAUUUGUACGGUAUGUGCCUUAAAAAACUAUCCUUUAGGAAAAUGCAAUUGUAACCAACUGUCCUUAAUCAUUGCAAUUAGGUAUUUUGUGUGCCAGGGUAAGAAUUUGAUUUUUAAUUAGCCAUAUUCUAAUUGAGCACACCAAAGAUUGUCCCAUUAAUUUUAGCUAGAUUAACUGGUAUAUUAUAACACAAAAGUGUUUGUAUGGGACUGUUAUUGUAGCCUUUUUUUCCUGUAUUUUUAUACCAUAGUUAAAUUAUUCUCCUUUGUUAGUUAUUACAGCUUGGUUUUAUGCUUUAUUGUGAUGAAUUAUGUCUGUUUAUUGAAUGAAAUGAUCAUGUAGACCUUUUAUUUUUGUUAUUGCUGCAUAGUUUAGUCACCAGCAAAUCAUAAAAGUAUGAGUAUGGUAGUAAAAUCAACAUAGUUUUAUUUUUGGAUGUCUCAUUCAUAGCAUUUAAUAUUAAAUAUCACCUCAGGAUGUAAGCCCAAUGCUUUCAGGUUUGCAAAAGUAGGAAUUAGUAUAUAUUAUUUCCUGUAUUAAUUGUACCAAUAUUAAAAAUGUGAAUGAGAAA